CUCUCCGCCUUCUCUAAUGCUGCCAUCUCUUCCGACAAGUAUGCCGCCCAUGGUGCGUCGCUCAAGUCAUCUCAUGCCGAUGCACUCGCCAACCAGCUCUCGGUCUUCCAGGCCGCGCUGCACAACUUCUCCCUCACGCAUGCCAAAGACAUCCGCAGCAAUCCCAUCUUCCGUGCCGAGUUCGCGCGCAUGUGUCAUGCCAUCGGUGUAGACCCUCUGGCCGGCAGCAAUGUCAAAGCGGCAAAGGACGCAAGUGGGAAGGGUGGGAGUGUUUGGGCCAAGAUGCUGGGGACGAGCGUGAAUGACUUCUACUUUGAGCUCGGCGUGCGCCUGGUUGAGGUGUGUCGAGAGAGUAGAGCGGAGAAUGGCGGGAUGAUUGCACUUUCCGAGGCCAGAAAGAGGAUUGCUGGGGGCAGAGGCUUGGUUGGCGGAGGCAUGGAAGUCACUGAUGACGAUGUGCAACGCGCACUGGAGUGCUUGGAGCCGCUCGGUGGGCAGUUCAAGGUGGUCACGCUGGGCAGUGUCAAGUACAUUCGCAGCGUGCCGAAAGAGCUCAACCGCGACCAGGCCACGGUCUUGGAAGUCAUUCAGAUAAUGGGCUUCGUCACUGUCUCUAUGCUGCAAGCAAACUUGGACUGGGAACGUGCCCGAGCUGUUGCGGUCAUUGACGACUUGGUCACCGACAGUCUAGUGUGGGUCGACGACCAGGCUGAAGAGGUCGAGUACUGGAGUCCAGCAUCUAUGCACGAAGGCGGCUCAGGACUUGUCUCCUGAAGAGAUCCACGAGAACGUUCUGAUGUCCCAUGGAGCUCUGCAAUCGGUCUCGUUUGCAGCAACCUGAAGCUCCAAGCUUUCUGCACACCAGUUCUCCGCGUCUCGACUUGACAGUACCCGUCUCAAAGCAUGCUCUUCUGACUGAAUCUAUCCAGCACGACUCUCGAGAUUCAUAGGUCGCUGCCCGGCUGGAGAGAUACAUAUAUAUACUCCAGCACAGACCAGCAACAUCGACAAAGACCACGCGCCUAUACAGUAUUCACACCGGAACAAAAUCCGCUCAAGAGCUUCAUGCUCUGUGCCAAAACAGCAACUCAUUGAUUUACGCCGAUUGCUACAACGCCGGUGAGCAUUCGUAGAGCAGCCAGAACUAUGGAAAAGUCGACAUCCGUCUCGACAUCUCGAAUUAGACUUGCAGUCCCCGCAAGGGGAUGGAUUGCCUGGGGUUUUUGUCAAAAUCAGGACGAAUCUCGUUGCAGGAAUCAGUACGAUCGAAGACGUUAUUGGAUGGAAAGAAGUCGCCAAGGUGAUUCGGAUGCCUCACAAUUGACCAUACCCCGGGUCUAAGCAGAGUACUGCGUUGUUUCCCAUGUUACUCCUGCGGAGGCACCAGCGACACUAUUCAGGAUAUCCGCGCGGAAGGGCAGCGGGAGUGGAAGUGAGAUGGCAGUUUGGAGAACAUGUUCAAUGAGUGGCCAUCAGUAUUGAGCUAACAGUGUAGUGGCACGAGAGCGAAAUGUCAGCAGUCAGAACGCCACGCAGCUUUUCCUUCCUUAGGGUCGUCUUGCAAGAGACGCUGGUCAUGGUGAAGUGUUGUCGAACCACCUAAUACUUCGCCAGCUUGCUUUGAAGUCGCACGAUCGCCUCGAGCAGCCAGGAACUCAUCCUUCACGUGCACCAUCAACAGCCUGUGAUUUGUCGUCUUACCGUUUCCAGGUGCGGCUUGCUUCACUUGUGGAAUGCAUCCUCCACGUGUGGUCCUCCCAAGGCUCUUUGUGACCAUUUGAACGCGGAAAUCUGCAGCGGGCAGGCACCACUCGCGGUCAUUCCACAGGCAGGUGUUACUGAUGAGGCUCUUCCACUAGGCCUUGUCAGCUACGCGACUACCUAACUCUCGCGAUAAGGUAGAAGUAGAAUAAUGUACCUUCGGCACAACACAAUCCGGACAUAGACGACUAGAAGAAGAGGAAGCAGAGAACAUUCCAAGACGAGACCGACCAUGCGGCUCCACUCUUUGCCACGGAUCUCAACCCGACUGGUCAAGAAUCCCAAACAUGAACAUCUCGCCACCACAACCACCACCACGACCACCUUCGACAGAAAGGCUACCAUCAGCUCUGCUGCGGUGAAGAAGAACAGACGCAUCUUUAGUACUCGAGCGUCAAUUCCAGAGCAAGAACGUUCAAAUUCCAAGAACCAAAACCCGGCAGGAUUUGACGUCAGCUCGAAGGUGUUUCCUGUCACUGGCGCUGGUGGUGGACUUGGUCUGGCCCAAGCACGAUAUCUCGCAGAACACGGAGCCCAGGUCUACUGCUUGGACGUCAAAGAUGCACCAUCUGACCAGUGGCUCGAAGUCCAGGCUUCUGUCGCAGAUCAGGGCAAAGGUGGGAUGAGCUACAUACAGCUCGAUGUCACGAGCCAUCAACAACAGCACUCGGCGAUGGCCACGAUUGCAGAUAUGCAUGACGGCAUUGAUGGUGGCUAUUUCGCCGCUGGCAUCAACCACGUCGCUAGUCUCCUCGACUACGCUCCAGGAAUGGCAUCGAAGGUCAUGGACAUCAAUUUUCACGGCGUCCUAUACUCAAUCCAAGCCUGCGCGAAGCAGAUGAUCAAGCACAAGAAGACUGGUUGCCUGGUGCCUGUAGCAUCCAUGAGCGCCAGAGUCGCAAAUCGCGGCUUGUGCUGCGCACCCUAUAAUGCAUCGAAGGCUGCAGUGGUCUCGCUCGUCCAGACUUCGGCUGCAGAACUUGCCCAGUACGGCAUCCGCGUCAAUGCCGUAUUGCCAGGCAACUGCCUCACUCCUAUGAUUCGUCAGAAUUUCCAGGAUCAGCCACGACUUGAGCAGGAGAUGAAAAGUCAGAACAUGUUGGGCCGCCUGUCUGUCCCCGAAGAAUACAACGGCACAAUACUCUACCUCCUUUCUGAAGCGUCUACCUAUAUGACAGGCAGUGCGGUGACUGUCGACGGGGGUUAUACUGCUUGGUGAGCUUGGCUUGCGAUGCUGGCUUGCCGUAUGAAGUUCAAAUACUCGUGUGAUGGACAUGGCAGGCCAUAGAACAGCAAGGAUGUUCCUCGGUCUUCUUUAGCGAAGUAUGGUUUUGUUGAAGUCAUGAAGAAUAGUG